CAUGGCAUCACCCAAAAUACCCGUAAAAAUGGAAUCUGAGGUGGAAUUCGCCCCUUUACGUACUCUUACGGACUUUAUGCUCGAAUCUGCACGAUUCCAGCUACCAAACCUGAAAGAUCCGGAGAGAUGGAUGAACAGAGUGAACGCGAACCUGCUUUACUAUCAGUCAAACUACUUUGUCAUGGCUCUUCUGACGUUCGUUGUCGUUGGGUUCAUGCAUCCGAUCCAAAUGCUGUUCGGAUGUUUGGGCGAUCGAAGGCGUGGCGUUGUGAUCUUCAUUGCAGCUAGCGUGCGCUGCGUCCUGCGUAACAUAAAGAACAAGGUCGCGAACAAGAUGGAGAUGAUCGGCUUGAAGCGAACACCGAUGGGCUUGUUCCUCGACGCGCUAGGCCAGGAGCAGGAUGUGUUCUAGUCCGCUAGAAGAUUGCUCUUCUGCGGCGUGUCCGACGGGAACCGGUGGAUGGUCUUGUGUCGUGUCGUGUAGGACGGUGCGCGGCGAGCGUGUCGCCCCGGCUUCGUGCGCCACCAGAUGGCGCCGCCAGAGCCUCCGAUCGUGAGCUCCGGCAUGCCGAUUUUCGGACAAAGAGACGUUCGGUUGUUUUUUUGCGGAGGCGCGGGGCGCGACGCUGGCUGUUAGCCAAUGAGAAAUCUUCUUCUGCGUUUCUGCUUGCGAUUUCUGCCGUUUGCUUGUUUUUACGAGCCUCUCACGCACGCGAGGCAGUGUUUUGCUUUUAGUCGUGGCUCUUUUUCUUCUUUAGCUUGAAAAAUAAGCUUAAAAGUUUUGUGCUCCCUUUUUCAAAGCUUACGUUUGCGUUUGUUUGUAGUUCUGAGCUUUGGGUGAUGGCAGACAGUUUAUCAGUUAAUGGAUUUGUCUCCCGCCUUCGCACUGCCCCACUCUCACAAUCCUAUCCUUCCCCCACAAGCUUCCCUUUCCUCUUACGUUACUGAGGAAUGAUGCGUGCGUGCGUGUCUGUGCGUGCGUGCGUGUCUGUGCGUGCGUGCGUGCGUGCGUGCGUGCGUAUUCCUCAUAAUAUAGGUAUGUUGCAGUGGCGUGCAUGCAUGCUAUUCUCUAUAUUCAAUCCACUUGCUUAGACCAGACCAGACCAUAUAGAACUACUAGACUACUAUAACUAGAGAGUGAACUGACACUAGCUACAUCUAGUAGAAUUAUGAAUUAGUAAAGGGGUGAGAAGAUUAGGUUUAGUGGAAUUAUGAGUGUGUAGUUAGUAGUGAGGCUGGGUUCAUACAUAGAUAGAUGGGUAUCAUCAGACGUGCCCCUCCCACUCUCACUCCCACAUGCAUGAGCUUGGGUUUGAUGCCGUUAGCAGCUGGUCUGCUGUUUUCGUCGCCAUGAUGACGUCACGGAAUGCUCCGGCUAUCAUCUCCGUACGGGAGGAGGAGGGGGAGGUGAAGGAG